AUGAGUUACUUGCCCAACGGCUCGAAUCCAGAAACGUGCUCUUUCACAUGCAAUACAUGUGGUAUCAAAUUCAUUAGUGCAGAGUUGCAAAGACAACAUAUGAAAACGGAAUGGCAUAGGUACAACUUGAAAAGAAAAGUUGCUCUGUUGCCACCAAUCAGCUCCGAGACAUUUGCAGAAAAGAUACUUAGCUCCAAGUAUCGAAAUCAUGAUGAAGAGCGGGAUCAUGAGGACGAGUAUGGGUUUUAUGUCGCGACGCGGAAGAAGAAGAACAAUACAAGGAAGCAGAGCAAGACCACCUUGAAGUCAAUGUUUGAUCAAAGAGGCAGAAGAGCGCAAAGUGCUUUUGAUGAUGGUACAUUGACUCCAGCAAGAAGCAGUAGUCCUGCUUUAUCUGUUGCGUCGGAGUUUUCACAGUUUUCAUUAGGUGACGAUCACGAGAGUUUUGUUGAAAUUGAGCCGGUGUCCACGGGGUCUGAAUUAAACUUUACUGAAUCGUCAGACCUCACAGAUUCAGAAAGUGAAUUGGAAGGAUCAGAAUCUGAACAAGAGUCAGAUUCGGAGUUUCUGGAAGCUGAUCUCGUGCAGGAAACGUCAGAUACUUGUUGCUUUUAUUGUGGAGCAAAUAAUGAGGAGGUCGAACCAAAUAUAAAGCAUAUGUACAAACACCAUGGGUUGUAUAUACCAGAAAGAUCGUUUUUGGUUGAUGUGAGAGGUUUAUUAGAGUAUUUGGGUGAUGCUGUUUCUAGGCAUGAGUGUUUGGUUUGUGGCUUCCAUGGCAGAAGUUUGGUCAGCAUCCGUCAACACUUAUAUUCAAAAGGACACUGUAAGCUACCGUAUGAAACGAAGGAGGAGAAGAAGCGGGUGGCGCAGUACUAUGAUUUCAUAGAGGAAAGGCGAAGCGAAACAGGAGACCGUUCUAGUUCUUCCGAGAAACACGUUGGGUUUGAAGAGUCGCUUGAUAGUACUUCAGACACCACCAACGGACCCACAGAGACGGAUGAGAACGGUUUUGAACCAGGUACUACAGGAAUCUAUGACAACUACACGUUGGUAAAUAUCGAUUCUACAGGGGUGGAGAUGACUACACCGGUUGGUUCAAGAAUCGGACACAGAUCGAUGCAAAGGUAUUACCGUCAGAACUUUCCAUUAGCCUUGACUGUCAGAGAUGAAGGCAGACGAACACAAGCGGUGGUUGAUAGGAGGCUCUCGCCCGGUGUUACUUGGAGUCAAGUAACCAAGCAAGAGAAGCAAGCACAAAAAGCGGAACAAGAAGCAAAGAAUGUGGAUAUUAGAAAGCUCAAAACCAAAAAGGCAAACUAUCAAAAGCAUUUUAGAGAUGAGAUUUUGGGUACAUAG